AUGGGACAAGGCCAGUCCAAUGAAGAGGGGCCGCAUCUCACGACGGCGCAGGUCAGCCAUGAGCUUGCACUGAGAUUCGCAAAACGAUGCUUCACUCCCCUCGAACUCUACUCCUUUCAAGAUGUAUUUAAGAGCCUGGCGGAUCACCAGGACUCGAUUGCAUACCUCAAAGAAGACACGACAGCACGAUUCCUCGAGAUUCCGGACAUUCUUGGAGCAUCCUCGAUUAUCUUCCAGAUGAUCUCAUAUCUCGGCGCAUUUCCAUUUGGUCAAGAUGCGCCGGUCGUAUUAGGAUUCGAACAGAUGGUAAUGGUGGUUGUAAUAAUGACGCAGAGGUAUCAACGGGUGCUGAAGAAGGGGAACCGGGACCGAACGAAACUGCUCUUCCGGAGUCUGGCAGUCUACGACCGAGGAGAGUCCCAUAAUGAUGAGGGCAAUCCUGAAACGAACGAGGACACACAUAAGGGCGAGGGAUCAGGUGUUGCAAGAAGUCAUGUCGCAGGCUUCACUGUGGAUGUUGCGGCGAACGACGAAGAAGUGGAAGAUGACGAUGAUCUGGCUCUGGCUGCGCUGGAGUCAUUAGACGCCAUCGAAGUCUUCCGACACGGCGACGCACCGAUCACACAAGCUUCGAUACCCUCGGACAACCUCAAGAAGCUCAUAAUGCUUCUCCUCUUAAUAGCACCCCUCGGAACGCAAGAAAGUCUUGCUCGACACGCCGAAAGGCUAUCAGGAGACCAGCUUGAAAGUCUCCGAAGAACUGCGGACAAUAUCCUAGGCGCAUUUGUGAAUGUUGAAAAGUCUCCAGGAGUCAAAAUUCAUCAAUUUAAUACUGUGAUACCCAUUUCGUUACCAUUCAUGUUCAAUGGCUUCAAUGCUCUGUUUGAGCACUUCCUUUUCUCCAAAAAUAUCGACUUCACAAAACGAAGGGAUUCAACUCCUUUGCCGCCUCCUAACCCAACGAUAGAUCAGCCACUACUACCACAAAUAGGAGAGAUCCUGGAUCUGAAUGUUCUGUCACAAUUGUCAUUUUUCAUGCCCGGCGACACACUCUUCAGGCGGCUCCGUCUACUCUACUCUGGAGGAGAUGCCGGAUUUUCAAUGGGAAGCUUCGAAACCAAAGUUUUCAACUGGCGAGCUCCCACUAUUUUCUUGGUCUCAGGAAACCGCAUCUCAGAACCUCCCACAGGCGGCCAAGAACGAGCAUUCUCAGACACACUCCCAUCAAAGCGCUUCCCAGACAGCAGCAAAUCCAGCCAUGUCGUCUUCGGCGCCUACCUCUCCCAGCCUUGGCGUCAGACCCACAAAGAGUGUAUCGGUGACACAGAUACACUUCUCUUCCAACUUGAGCCAGUCCAUGAAGUCUUCCACGCUUCCACCAUAAACAAAGACUAUAUCUCUUUCACGAAAUCCUCAACUUCUCACGCUGGCAUCGCAUUUGGCUCUCCAAAUCCGAAAUCUAAACCUACAGCCGGCCUUCCACCUCACGUAUCUCUUGGCGCUGUCUCUUUAAUGCUCGACUCCUCAUUCGAGUUCGGAGUCUUCACUCACAAUUAUACGAGUGGUGGAGGAGCAUUUCAUAACAGCCAGAGCAGGAAAAGUGAUUGGCAAGACAGGUUCGAGAUUGAAAGCCUGGAGGUUUGGGGUUGCGGUGGGGACAAGGAGCAAGAAGAGCAGAGACAGAGGUGGGAGUGGGAAGAGAGGGAGGCAGAGGCGAGGAGGAAGGUGAAUUUGGGGACGGGGGAUAUCGAGGCUGAUAGAGCGCUGCUUGAGAUGGCGGGGUUAAUUGGUGGGAAUAGAAGUGGUGGGUCGAUGAACUAG